AUGGAGAAGACAGAUAUAGCACCCCAAAACUCUGCGGAGGCAGAUACUAUCUCUGCCGACAAGAAGAUCCAUCCUCACGAUGAGAAGGACUACGCAGACGUCGAGAUCCUCAAGUCAGAGCCUACCCGGCCUCUUGAGACUGCGGAGGAUAUCGUUACGAAUGUCAUUCAUGUCGAUGAUGACCCUGACAUGAACCCAUGGACAGUUCGCAUGUUCAUCGUUGGCAUCGGACUGUCAGCCUUCGGAGGUGUCCUACAAGAGAUCAUGUACUUCAAGCCCCAAGUCGUCUACGUCUCAGUCAUGUUCCUCACCGUCCUCGCCGAAACACUCGGUACUGGUCUAUCACACAUCAUCCCUCGAAAAGGAUACAUCGGUCGUCUUCUGAACCCUCACCCAUGGAACAGAAAAGAGCAUACGGCAGCUGUCCUCAUGGCAUCAGCUGCAUCAGUCUCAGCAUUGUCAACUGAAGCUCUGUCUGUUCAGAAGCUUUGGUACGGUGGUUAUCCUAACCAAGCUGCUGGUAUCUUCAUCACACUCUCGUCUCAGCUUAUUGGAUAUGGUAUCGCUGGUAUGAUGAGGAAUGUUCUGUUAUAUCCUACAAAGAUGCUUUACCCUGCGAACUUGCCUAUCACGACUGUGAUGGAGACUUUGCAUAAGCCCAAGUCGGAGACACGAAAGAGAUUCCAGGUUUUCUGGAUUGUGUUUGUUGGGAUCUUCUUCUGGGAGUGGUUCCCUGAGUACAUCUUCCCUCUCCUCUCCGCCGUUUCCGUCUUCUGCCUCGUCGACCGCCACAACCCUGUCUUCACAAACCUCUUCGGUGGCUCACAAGGUAACGAGGGAAUGGGUUUCUUGAGCAUCUGCUUCGACUGGAACUACAUCGCCGGCUUCGGCUCACCUCUGUGGAUGCCCCUACAGACUCUUGUCAACAGCUUCAUCGGUUACCUGGGUGGUAUCAUUCUCUCCAUGGCUCUAUACUACGGCAAUGUUUGGAGAGCCCAGGACUUUCCUUUCAUGGCGCAGCUGCUUUACGACGGAAAGUCCACCCCGACCAGUUAUGUUGAGUACAACGAGACGGCCAUCAUGAACCCUGACUUUACAGUCAACGACAAGGCUAUUGACGAAGCUGGUCUUCCUCAUCUGACUGCUACUUAUGUCAACUACCUCAUCACAUCCAACGCUGGUCUGACAGCAACUCUCGUGCAUAUGCUCCUCUGGAAUUAUGCCGAAGUUAGUCUUGGAUGGUCCUGGAUCACCCUGUCCACUCUCAAAAAGGCUUUCCGUCCAUCAACAUACUUUUUCUGGCGCCAAACCGGCUCUCGCACAGAGGAAGAGAAGACCAAGCUCCGCGAUGACCCCACCAUCGAUCCUCACUACAAGCUUAUGCUCGACUAUGAUGAGGUUCCCAACAGUUGGUACUUUCUCGUCUUUGCAGCUAGCUUCAUCAUUGGAAUGACUUGCCUCUAUGUUAUGAAGUCGACGCUUCCAUGGUGGGGUUUCGUCAUGGCUGUCAUUUUCUUGGUCAUCUUUUUGAUCUUUUUCGGUGCCCAGUAUGCUAUUACUGGAUUUGGGUUCAACUUGCAGCCAAUUUUCCAAAUGUUGGCUGGAUAUAUGUUUCCCGGGCGUCCACUUGCAAACAUGUACUUUACAUCAUAUACCUACAAUGCUCUCAGCCAAGGUUUCCUGCUUCUCCGAGACCUGAAGCUUGCGCAGCAGAACAAGCUAUCGCCCAAAGCCACGUUCACUACGCAAGUCAUCGGUUGCAUUCUGGGUGCUCUUCUCAAUUACGUGAUGAUGAUUAGUAUCAUCGACAACCAAGCACCGAUCCUCAAGUCCGCUGAAGGAACCAAUAUUUGGUCAGGCGCUCAAAUCCAGCAAUUCAACACCCUCGCCAUCGCCUGGUCCAUCGCCCCCAAGAUGUUCUCCAUUGGUGCACGCUACCAAUGGGUGACCAUCGCGUUCUUCAUUGGCUUCCUAGCUCCUCUCCCCUUCUACAUCGCCCACCGUUUCUUCCCCCGCAUGCGAAUCUGGUCUUACCUCAACACAUCCAUCAUUCUUUGGUACCUUGGUGAGCUUUUCGUUGGACUCAACGCUUCGCUUACCAGCUACUACAUUCUUGGUGCCUUUGGACAGUUCUAUCUUCGACGGUACAGACCUCACUGGUUUGUCAAGUGGAACUAUCUUAUUUCUGCGGCGCUGGAUGGUGGUACCCAAGUCAUGGUCUUCAUUGCCACGUUUGCUGUCUUUGGAGGGUCUGGAAAGGCCGUUUCGUUCCCGGAAUGGGCGGGUAAUAAGAUUAACAACUACGACUACUGUAAAUACAAUGCGCAGGGCUAG